GUCAACUUCACGCAUGUGAUCAGCUAGAGCAAAGAAAAUGGUGUCUGUAUUGGACAGUUACAUAGAUUUCACCGAAGAACAAGAGAUUAUUAACAGUGCCACGCAGAAGAAGGCGGAAGUUGAGAGAGCAAAAGAUGAUAGAGACCGAGAGCUUGAGAUGAGGAUCAAGAGUAUUGAAGAGUAUUUUGUCAGGCUGUCCUGGCGUCAUAAAAAAAGCUACAUAAUCGCUAUGGCAUCACAAACUCAGCAUUCAGAAGUGCUGGUCAGGGGUCUAGCCUAUAUCUACACUUGUUUCGGAAAAUUUGCCGCUUUUGCCGAUACCAGGCCGGAAGUUAAAUUGGAAGUCAAUCAAAUUUUGAUCGAUCACGACAGAACACUGGACAAAGCUUAUCUCCGAGAAAUAGGUAUAAACGAUCUGCAAUGGAUUAACACGCUAAACAAGGACAAACAGUUAAAACUAUUUAUAGAGCUGUUGAGAUUGGGUGGGAAUGGCUUGAAAAGGAAGCUAUAUAUUCCUCUGUUGGGUAUAUACAAAAAGUUUGUUUUAAAAGCGGAAAGUAUGCAGAUCUAUGGCAUGGCCGAUGACACGGAUUUGGAACAAAUUAUAGCCAAUGAACUGGAUGAUACCGACAAAUAUCCGCAAGAUCACCCCAUGUCUGUUGAAGUUUCAAAAAUGCGAAAAAAAUGGGACGACUUUAUAAAAAAAUAUCGACAAGAAGUAUUCCCAAUUGCUACAAAAAACGAAAAACCCGACAAAAAACCUGACAAAAAAGGCGAGAAAACAUCAACGAAACCUGAAAAAACCGCCUCGAAAAAAUCAAAAAAGAAAGAAAAAGAAUCGGAUGUAGUUCUAGACUGGAUCCAGAUUCUUCCGAUCUGGGUAACAAAAAAGAUUUUUAGUUACCUAGACCUGAAAACUCUGAAGGACAUUAAAAAAGUUAACGCCUAUUGGUCCUACGCGAGUGAUAGUUUGAUCAAAGACCGAACUUGCAGAAAAUUCAUCGACGAAACUUUGGAGAAAUUGAAGCAAAACGUUAAUCCGGAAAUUUUAAAACAAUGCGAGGAAGAGUUCGCGAUGGAAACAGGACAUAGAAGACGACUUAGUCCCGGAGACAGAAGACUAAUGCUGCUGAAAUCUCGAGGUGCUAUAAAAGAAGAAAUGAAAACAAAAAUCAAAAAGUCUGAAAAGUGUAAAGAGAAUAUCAUAACAUCCCUGGCAAAAUCAGAAAAUGUCUGUCUGCCUAUAGAAAAGUUAGAUGCAUUUCCAAGACUGAUCAAGGAAGAUUCCUUGAUCUAUAACGAGUUCCCUUGUUUAAUGAAGGAUGUAAACAUCCUAAUCAAUAUCGAGGAUGAUGUAAGAAGACAAAGAGACACUUUGACUUAUUCUCUAAGUUGUCAGUUGAGUGAUAUAUUCAGUGUGAGCCAAAUAACUUUGGAAGAUUGGUAGAUAAAUAAAUAAAUAAUAAAAUAAUU